UGCGGGCGAGAGCGUGGGCGUGGGGGCGGGACGCUCCCGGCCUGCUCUGCGGCGCGCCUCCGCCCGCGGCUUUUGAAUCGUGCUCCGGGGUCGUCUUGGCGGAGUGGUGGCGACGCUAUCAUGGGGGCUCCGGGGCUGCCCCCGACCUGGCAGCUGUACCUCAAGGACCACCGCAUGUCCACCUUCAAGAACUGGCCCUUCCUGGAGGACUGCUCCUGCACCCCAGAGCGGAUGGCGGAGGCUGGCUUCAUCCACUGCCCUACCGAGAAUGAGCCUGACUUGGCCCAGUGUUUUUUCUGCUUUAAGGAAUUGGAAGGCUGGGAACCCGAUGACAACCCUAUAGAGGAGCAUAGAAAGCACUCGCCUGCCUGUGCCUUCCUUACUGUCAAGAAGCAGAUGGAAGAACUAACCGUCAGUGAUUUUUUGAAACUGGACAAACAGAGAGCCAAGAACAAAAUUGCAAAGGAGACCAACAACAAGCAAAAAGAAUUUGAAGAGACUUCGAAGACUGUCCGUCAGUCAAUUGAGCAGCUGGCUGCCUUGUGCUGAGCCCUUGCUGGGACAACCUGGACCUGAGUGACGGCCACAUCUAAGCCAUGCGCACCAGCUUUCCCAGCCCGGCCUCCUAGCAGGAUCUUAGAGAAGGGUACAGUGGUAUUUUGAAACUGGGUAUCAAGUAUUUUUGGUUUUGCUUUAAAGUGGCUCAGCCUGUGUGGCUACCUCUCUUUGGUUCUAUGGCUUUGCUCUAUUGUGAUGUGGACUUAAGCAAUGGGGAAGUGAUGAGGGGACAGUGUUCUCUGACAGGACCUAUGGGGGUCAGGGGUGCCUGUGCAAGGCCUUUAUGGUUUUGAUGUAUCUGUACAUGGCCGCUGACGCAUCCCAUGCAUAGGUGUGGUUAUAUGUGUUUGUGCUGAUAAUUCUGUCCUUCUGAUGAGUCUUCCUACCAUGGGGUAAUGGAAUAAAAUCACUUGAAAAAGUGGA